CAGAGUCCCGCAGACGCAGACGCCUGUUCGCUUCCCGGGACUAUGUGCAAAUCGUUGGUAAUAUGUUCAGCGGGUCCGGCCUGCGAGCGUCCUCGGUAGACCCACAGAUUUAGGCGCCAGGGGAGGCCGGCGAUGCAUCACUGAUCCAGCUGCGCGCAGACGGCUUUCACGUGCAUGCAUGAACACCCGGAACUGGCAUGCGUUUUGCUCCGCAAUUCGCUUGCAGUCGAUCAAUCCAGCGUAGCUCGCACUGUCAUGUCCCCGGCAAUUCGUCUUGUAUAAGAAAACCGAGGAAAUUUCCAAUUCUGUGAAGUAGGCCUGACUGCCCCGUCCAGAUCGUGGCUCCAGCAUGGCAACGCUGGCGUGCGCAACAUCGGCACUGCUUUUGUCGAAGAGUUUGGGCUUGAGGUCCGACACUUGUGCGAUCCGACGAGCGCACAUUGCUUACAUCGUCUCGUGUCAUCAGAGGGUCAUCGUUUGGAUCGAUGAAGUGUGAGCUAUCGUGGACGGAACUGCCACCUCCGUCCAACAACACUUGGGAUUGAGAUUCGCUCCGCACUCCGAGCCAGGAGCUGUGAUCUCAGCGACGCAUAUGUUCCUCGUGGGAGGCCGGUUCACCUUUCGCAUCUUGCAGCAGAUGGUAUUCCAUUCGGCGUCCUCCUCGAUAGGACUUGCUGCGUUGUAUCUACGCGUAUCAUAGGUCGGAUCGUCCGUACAUCUGCGGAGCCUCAUUCCGAGGAUCUCAGCGCGAGGAUGAGAGCGGCAAGGCAGAUUCGAUUUGGUCUUCUGCUGGCCCUGCUCGCGGCUGUAAGUAUCCAGGGAAUGGCCGACCACGAUCUGAGCAGCGGCUUUCUGGCUUCGAACAAAGCUCUUGCGAUCGAAAGUCGACAGUCCGUUCUGCGACUGGGGUUGGCAAAUUUGACGUGGGGAAAGUUCGCGGCCACUUACGCUGUGGAUUGGGCGCAACACUACGGUACCACGGCAGAUCUGGUACAGGCUCAGUCGCAGCAAACUUGCCAUGAGACUGUGCAGUUUGCGAGUUGGGCUCUGAACCGGAUGGAGCAAGACGCCAAGGACACACUCCCUGAUGAAAUUGUUUCCAGAUCGCACUUGGUCAAGAAACUCUUUGGGCGUUACCCCCCGGUUGCAUACGUCUUCAAUUGACACCACAUAGCACCAGGCCGCAGCUUAGAUUGUAGAGAUGGGAUUGUAGAGUUCGAGCCACAGCGGCUGCUCCCCAUCAGAGCUGAAACUCUCGUGACAUCAGAGAUUGAAAGGCUCGAAGUUGUACAGUUGCACAUCGAGUGACUUAUACUGGGAUCCCUUGAGUCCCCUUUUAAAAUUCACCGUUGUGAGUCCCCAUAAAUUAUACACGAUCCAGGCUUGGCUUUAGUUGGAGUUUCAAGCACAUGUACAUGGAUCCCUGGUCUUUGUACAGACGGUGCAGUGGAGGUGUGAAAAUUCUAGACCGACUCAUAGUUUAUGUACAUUAUCACGCUCUGUCUGCUGCUUGUAAAAACUUCUUGCGUCCUGUGGACGUGAGAUAGCUUACUCGUUUAGUCAUUCUCUUCACCUCCAUAUGAGGCAAUAUACAUUUUUGAACCUGAAAUUCUAGUUCUGAUCGGCCUAUCUGUCAUGAUGUGGAUUCGCUUAUCUCAUAAUUCACUUGUCAGCAAGCUGCUGAUGGACGUGGUAGACAUGCUUUAGACACUGUACGUGCGCUCCGAAGUUUUGAACAUGCAACUGCCGACAGACAUUUGGUCCAAUGUCAUGCAUGAGGACGCCUCUGUCGAAGAUCAAGCAAUAUCUUAUGUCGAAUUAGUGAAAUAAUCUAAGCCUGUCGAUCUCAAGUGGUGCUUAUAAAGAGCUCGAUCAUCCAGUGGACAUAGAGCUGGUUGCGCGAGCUCACAGCUUAUCACAUUUUCACGAUUGUGGUAAAGAUUUCGGUACGCAUUUUCAGAUGUGACUCUCAUCAGUUGAAGUGCUCUCAUGUGCAAAGCCCACUGCAGUGUUCUCAGCGUCGAACACAAAAGUGAAGUUUUAACUGUUUCAUUUCUUCUUAUACCGUCUGUGAUCUCUUCACGCCAUUCUGGAUGUUCUCAAAUAUUCGUUGACCAGAUCCUCCCCACUUCCACAGAUAUGAUGUAAAAAUUUGAUAUGGAACAUUUGCACUUCCUGCAAUACUAGAUUCUCCUUUCAUUCUUG